UGCGUCUGGCUCAAAUUUUGAAAUAUCAGGCUUGGAAUUGGCCACAAAGCUAUUUGGAGCGUGCAAUUCACACAUCAUGAUGUUCGCGAGACCAAUUAAGAACCCGAUUUUUGCAAACCCAGUUCAACUCUUCAUCCAUAAUCACACCCUUUCCACCACAAAGCACAAUUUAGUCAAGUACGAGAAAUGUCGCGCAAAUAUAAUUUUUCCUGUGAAUCAAUUCACCCCAGAUUUCCAGCGGAAUCUUCACCGCGCUUUCGGUAGGAAUGGCGCAUCCGUCAGCGAAAUGUCAAAGGGAAUCGUGCGCAAUGCUAACUCUAAGGGAGACCGGGAACCCUGGUACGAAGGCAGGUAUAAAGGAAUCCUGACCAACUACGUCGUCCUACCCCUGGAAGAGACCACCCCACGGACCUGGUCAUCUCUCUUUAACCUGUCCAGCUUCACUUUAUGGAUGGGCGACGGCAGUAUCGCUCCUAAUAAUAAAGUAUCCGCUCAAUAUGGCGUCAAGUUCGCGCCGGACACCCGCUUCUCCAAAGAGCUUUUUGUCACGAUGCGGAAAAUUGCGGAAAAAUGGGUCGCUCAAUGGAAAUCUUCUGACAGGAAGGCAGCAAUGGACCUCGUGUUCCAAACCCUGCUCGAAGGUCGCCUCUACACCAUGACCCGGCUCAAGGUCAACUUCGACUACACCUCAAUCGAAAAGGAGGUCUCAUCCUGUCAAAAUUCCGCUUUGGUAGAGACUUCCCGAAUUUUUCGGAAAUAUUUAUUAACGGCGUUUCCAAAAAGGUCUUCGAAGCUGAAUAAAUUUUACCGGGCGAGUUAUCAGGAGGACGCGUUUAAAGGGAGCGAAGGAUGGUUUGGGACUAAUCGGUUCGGAAACCCGCAAGUCUGGCGGAGAAUUCAGGCCUUAAUGGAGUCCGGAUUGUAUGACAUGUGGAAAUCACUCUUUGAGUUUGGCCUGAUUUACAGGAAUUUGAAUUUCUCUUCGGAAAACGAGUUCCAGCCGCAAAGCCUGGUUUCAAAUAUUGCGACUUUGUUUAUUCUCUUUGUGGGUGGGGUUUCUCUCGGGGUGCUGGCAUUUUUGGGGGAAAUUGGGGUAUUACUGGUUACCAGGUGUGGUAGGUGUGGUGCACGACGCAGAAAAAAAUGAAAAACGAUUGAGAGUAUACAUAUACAUAUAUAUAUUUGUAGAAUUAGUAAAGUUGGUAACAGAAUGUUAAGAAGUUAAGCACGUGCUUCUAAAUAAUUACUUAUUUGUGUUACACGCUCUUUGAAAAUUAUAAAGAAGA